AGUUUGUGACAUAACUGAGGAUUUAACUUUGAUUAUAAGUGUUUAUAAUCUGGGCGUUUUUGGUUGUAAAUUGUGUAAUUGCGUCGUUAAUUUUCUAGCUAGCUAACUUGUUGGUGUUUGAGCUUCGUGUGGGUAAAUGUGUGCGUGUGUCAAGACACAUUAAGACUGAAGACGAAAUGUUCUGUUUGUGUGACCCAACUGCACUCAAAUAGCUCAACUUAAGUCACUUGAGAUUGAUGGUAAACAGUCAGCGACACUACUUCCUGAGUGUAGGGAAGGGGCUUGGUCCCGUGCCUGCGCCCCGCGAACGCGCAUCAAAUUAGCAUCGAUGAAGUUUGUGCGAACAUGGCGGAUUUCCUGCCGACCAGGUCCGUGUUAAAAGUUUGUCUACCCGUCUGUCUGCUCAACAACGGCGAGGUCGAACAGAUUAGGAAGUCCAAAGAGAUCGACCGAUGUCUCUCCCGGGAGAAAACCUACGUGAAGCGGCUGGUGAAGAUCCUGCUGCUCGGCGCUGGCGAGAGCGGCAAGUCGACUUUCCUCAAACAAAUGCGGAUCAUCCACGGCGAGGACUUCGACCAGCAAGCCCGAGAGGACUUCAGGGGCACGAUUUACAGCAACGUUAUCAAAGGUGUGCGUGUGUUGGUGGAUGCCCGGGAAAAGCUGCACAUCCCGUGGGGUGACCAGGACAACCAGCGGCACGGGGACAGCCUGAUGGCGUUUGACACCCGGUCGGCUAAGAUGGCCGCCGGGCAGCUGGAGGCGUCCGUCUUCCAGCAGUACCUGCCGGCCAUCACCGCUCUGUGGGCCGACUCGGGCAUACAGAACGCCUACGAUCGUCGCAGGGAGUUUCAGCUGGGUGAGUCAGUGAAGUAUUUCUUGGAUAAUCUGGAUAAGCUCGGCGAGCCGAGUUACCUCCCCACUCAGCAGGACAUCCUGCUGGCCCGUAAACCCACCAAGGGCAUCCACGAGUAUGACUUUGAGAUCAAGAAUGUUCCCUUCAAGAUGGUGGACGUGGGAGGGCAGCGGUCGGAGCGGAGGCGCUGGUUCGAGUGUUUCGACUCGGUCACCUCCAUCCUCUUCCUCGUCUCCUCCUCUGAAUACGACCAGGUGCUGAUGGAGGACAGGCAGACCAACCGGCUGCGUGAAUCGCUCAACAUCUUCGAGACCAUCGUCAACAACCGCGUCUUCGUCAACGUUUCGAUCAUCCUCUUCCUGAACAAGACGGACCUGCUGGAGGAGAAGGUGAAGAGCGUUCCGCUCAAGGACUACUUUCCCGAAUACACCGGGACGGAGCACAGCCUACCGGAAAUCCAGGCGUUCAUGGUGGACUGCUUCCGGGCCAAGAGACGCGACGCCACCCAGAAGCCCCUGUACCACCACUUCACCACGGCCAUCAACACGGAGAACAUCAGGCUGGUGUUCCGGGACGUCAAGGACACCAUCCUCCACGACAACCUCAAACAGCUCAUGCUCCAAUGACCCCUGUCGACCUGUGAACGUAGAGGACCUGAAAGGGGACAAACCACCCCCUCGCUCCUGACGAGGACUUGGGAGAGACCAGCCUCAGAAGAAUCCGAUAGAUGUUCUUCUUCGCCCGUUUUUAUAUUAGUUUUUACCCUCCUCUUUGAAGAGUUGGCCUUCUUGUUAGUUCAGGGUUUGGUAGGGGAACGAGUCAGUAGGAAAGACUGUGUGGGUAUAAAGAAAGUGGAGCAGGCGGUUUGGAUGUUAGCGUCUGAACUUUGCUGCUUCGUCUUCGGGCUCUCUCUCCUCUGGCCUGACUCUCGGGAGGCUUUGAAGCUCACAAGGUGUCGGUGCUGGUGUUCAUGCCGGCGCCUCUCCGUGGAGUUUUACACAUUUUACCAACCAGGCUGAUACACUUGGCAAGCAACAAACACAGGCAAGGUGAAAUACGUCUAAACAACACGUUAGGUGGUGAGAAUCAGCCGUGCCAGAGUUGAUUUGCCAGCACUGAAUUAAUUUACUCCAAAAUCACUCCAUCAUUUCUGUCACACUCUCCAGUGCUGCUUUGUAAACGUGGUUUUGAAGCCCCUGUAGUUCAUAGAGGGUUUGUUAAAUUGCUGAUCGUCUGGAGACUGCACAGUCCUCGUUUUCCUCUUACUGCAGCACCAUUCCUCCGCCGCUCUUCACUUCUUGUUUCAACUCGAUGAGCGGGUUGAAAGUACCGGCACAGAGUCGAUUCGCCGAGACGAGUACCAGUUCAGUGAUGGUGUAGCAGCUCCAGCACUGGCACCUUGUCUCUGGAAAAAGAAAUGCUAGAAAAGAAAAGGGCACAACGGCGAGAAAUACGAUGUCUUUAGGAGACCUAAUCACUGUUUGAAUCCUGCAUUUGUGCCUAUUUGUCUCUGUUGAAUUUAAGUCGAUCUAACAUAAUUAGGAUGCCAGUUCUCCCUUUCAUUGUUUGGUUGUUUAGAGGGUAACGUAACCUUCGCGGGCACCUGAGGCAGGUGUGCCGGCAAGUGAACAUGCAGUCCACUGUUUUCUCAGGGUUGAAUCAAAAGCAGCGUUAAUGCUGAUGUCAAUGUUGGUGAACUAACUGAAUAAUCUAAUGUUAAUCUGGGCGGCAGAGCAGCGAGACUCAGACAGGCCUCAGUACAGUUAGCCGAGUGGUGUUUGGUACUGGAUGCUCCUGGCUUUGAACCCUGACCUUUGACCCAGACUCCCCCUCUCUUCUUCUUCUCUCUCUCAUUAUGUUCUCAUCUCUGAUUAGAUGCCUUUAAAGGGACAGACCUCCCCUGUUUGCCUGAAUGAUGAAUGUCUGUUAAUAUGUACAGAGGUUUGCUGUAGAUUGUCUGAAUAUACUGUAUCCAACGUUGUUCCGGUUUAAGAUGUGACCUGUCGAGAGAACAUCUGUGUUGGCACUGAACCUACUGCAAUCUUGUGCCGUUGAGGAGUUCCCUUUAAUACACAUUUUGAAUUUGUAGACAAAAAAAACAAUCUAUUUGAGUUGAAUACUUUCGUCAGCGACUGUAUUCAGUAGGAGGCCAAUCUUUGUUCGAGGACAACUUCCAGGCACCGCUAAAAAUCUAUUUCUGCCAAAUCACCCCACGCUUCCUCGGGACUGUUCACAUGGACAGUGUGUAGUUUUUUUGCUCCUGUGAGCUUCAGUUUGCUUCCAGUUUUUUUUUUUUUUUUUUUUUUUGCCUUGUCCCGGCUUUGUACAUACUGUAAUCUGUUGCCAUGUAAAUAAUAUUCAGGUUUAUCUCCGUAUAUGUAAAUGGUUGUAGAAAUGGCGUUAUUCCCCUCCUCCAAAAUCUGAAUGUGUUACCAAUCACUGCUUUUUUCCGAUGAAGAUGAUCUUUUGAUUUAGAUGUUUAUGUGUAAUUUUUUUUCAUCACCCUCUUGAAAUUCAUUCCUGUGCCAAGUCUCAUGCCACUCUAACCUUAUCAAUAAAAUACACUUUUCUAAUGAAA